AUGCAAAGGCACGCGGAGGCGGGCGUGGUAGGCGUGGCGGGGCGAGGUCAAGGCGGGAGGUGCGGGCGGAGGCCGUGGACGUCGCGGCGGAGCGCGAGCGGGCGCGGGGAGGGGACGUGGUGCGCGGGCGGCGUGCGCGUGUGGAACGGCGUGUGCGCGCACGCGGGACGAUGCCGCGGCCAUGAGCGCGUGCGCGAGACAGAAGGAGGAGAGGAGGAGGCUGAGGUUCACAGGGGCCGUAGGGAAAUGGCAAUGGAGCGCGGGGAGGAAGCCGGGGACGUCGCGACGCAGGGGAGGACGACGGCGAGGUCCGGGUGGGGGUGGCGCUCCGGCGUCGGCGAUGUGGUCCAGCAGCGUCAGAGGCAGGGCGGCGUGGUCGAGGCAGCGCUCCGGGCGGCGGUGGACGGCGAAGGGCGGGCCAUAGCGUGUGCGGGCGCUGGGUGCGGGCAUGGUGCCCGUUCCCGAGGCCGAACUGGGCUGGCCCCGGACGCAGCCCGCGGCGUGGACACCGGCAGCCAGAGCGCCGGCCAGUGGGGUGGGGGGGCGAGCCGCGGUGGACGGGGCGAGUCCAGGGACGGCGACAGGGCGGCGGUGCCUGAGCUAGUGGCAGAGGCGGGCGACGGCGGGCGAGCCACGGCAAGCAGUGGCGAGGCGCGGGCGUGGCUGGAUGCAAAGGCACGCGGAGGCGGGCGUGGUAGGCGUGGCGGGGCGCGGUCAAGGCGCGAGGUGCGGGCGGAGGCCGUGGACGUCGCGGCGGAGCGCGAGCGGGCGCAGGGAGGGGACGUGGUGCGCGGGCGGCGUGCGCGUGUGGAACGGCGUGUGCGCGCGCGGGACGAUGCCGCGGCCGUGAGCGCGUGCGCGAGACAGAAGGAGGAGAGGAGGAGGCUGAGGCUCACAGGGGCCGUAGGGAAAGGGCAAUGGAGCGCGGGGAGGAAGCCGGGGACGUCGCGACGCAGGGGAGGACGACGGCGAGGUCCGGGUGGGGGUGGCGCUCCGGCGUCGGCGAUGUGGUCCAGCGGCGUCAGAGGCGGGGCGGCGUGGUCGAGGCAGCGCUCCGGGCGGCGGUGGACGGCGAAGGGCGUCGGGGGCGGAGCCGGGUUCGAUCCCCCCUUCCCGAUCUAG